AUGCUCGACGACGAGAACGAAUACUCACUCGCUCCAAUAAUCUCAAAGCUCGAAUGUUGCAAACUUGCUCAAAACACGUUCAUGCCAGUUGGGCAUCAAGUAGCGGAAGAGAUUCUCUCAGUUCUCGACGUCGAAGACCUUAUAUCGGUUUCUCUUACGUAUAAACCAAUGCAUCAUUUCAUAAACAACUCGUCGACGCUUUGGAAACGAAUACAUGCAAGACUGACUCCGGUUACUAAUCACAAGAUUAUGGAUAGUAUGCUAACGUUACAGAAGUUUGCAGAUACAAAUGUUAACCUCGGAUCCGUUUGGAAAAAACACGUAUUUCAGAGACUGAGAAACAGAACGUAUUACCUGUCAUAUAGUUAUUGGGAUGAUUCCAAAGACUUUGCGAUUAUAUUCCAUGGAGCAUCUUUUGAUUUAAACACCGUUUACCAUGAGACUAUGGGAUAUGCUACGUUUGUAGGUGAUAUUGGACCACCCACAAUAUCGCAGUUUGUUCAUCAUCAAGGUCAAUUGUUUGAUAUACAGCAAGGAUUCCAAAAGUGGAGGAUCGCCAUAGAACCCAUUGAAACCAGUUUACAAAGACCGAUCAAAACCAAAUACAACGAUUUACUUUACAUAGUGUAUACAUAUUCAGAUCGUCCAACAGACUUUCAGUUUAAUUUGAUGAAAACCUUUGAUAAUGAAUUUGAUGCUAUUAAUUACGCCAACACCAUAGCUGAGGAUGUCGACUCCUCGCCCCAGAACGUAGAAUGCUUGGGCGAGCUAUUUGAUGCAAAGGUCAAUUCAUUAAGUCAACAAUAUCCAACAAGAGUGGCUGUAAAUACAGCUGAAUUCUGGUCAAAAGUUGAUGAAGAUGAAGUAGCUAGAAUUAAGAAAAAUGAGCAGAAAUUGUUGGGUAAAUGUGAAAGUAAAAGUGAAGAUGGAUUAACGAAAGGUAGUGGAGAAGAAGAGGAAUGUGAAAAUAGUGGUGUUGAAUAUACUGGUUGGUGUGGAGAAAAUUCUUACAACUUGAGUGAUGCAGUGUAUGCAUUUGAUGUUAUGGUAGAAUCAUACAAGAACAAUAAGAAGAGGUCUUUUGAUGAAGCCAUAGGUGAGCCUGAAGAAUUGCCAUAUAAUAGAAAAGGGAAGAAAAGCAGGCAUUAA